AUGGCAGCAAUUUUCCUGGCGAGGAGAUCCGCCGCAGCGGCCGUGUGCGUCGAUUCCUCCGCUUCCAGAUUAUGCGGACUAGCUACCCUACCCGCCGCCGAGGGGAGGAGGCAGGAAGGGAGGGGAAUAAGGGAACAUGAUCAUAACUACUCCGGCGAGGAGGGGGCGGCGGCCUUCGUGGCGGACACUCUGAAAGAAGGGGUGAAGAAGGCGACGGAGGUAGCGGAUGCGGUGGGGGAAGGGGUGAAGAGGACGGUGGAUGGUGCGUGGAGGGCGGGUAGCAAUGCGAACCAGGAGGUGAAGGAGACGGUGGCUGGCGACGCCGGCGGUGGGGAUACUGGAGUUAAAGUAGAGGAUGAGGAGACGGUGGUUGACCAGGUGGUGGAGGAAAUGAAAAAGGUGGACGGGCCGGUGGAUAUGGCGGAGUACAGAGCCAUGGAGCAGAACAUGGAGGACUCGAAACAAUAA